AUGGGAAACUCCCAGUUCAACAGCUCCAAGGACGGCGAGGGAGGGCCGGACAGGGAGGGGGGCGGGUUCAGCGACUACCAACAAACGAGAACAGCGGCGGGCGCGCCUGGAGGCUUCUCGGACGCUACCUUCGCCCCCCCCGUGCCAAUGGGAGACGGACGGAGGCACCUCUACGGCGGGGUAGCAUCUCGAGACGGGACUGCCAGGCCGGGGGCCGAGGGCCCGCCGGGAGACGCCAUGGACGUUGAGGCCAAGGCGGACGAGGGAGAGGAGGAGGAAGAGUUGGUGCCCACGGUGUUUCGAUGGGAGCACGGAGGCCGACAAGUAUACAUUACAGGGACGUUCAACAACUGGGAGAAGCAGAUCCCGAUGCAUAGGAGCGGUAACGAUUUCACCUACAUCCACACGUUAAAGAAGGGGAAGCACGCGUUCAAGUUCAUCGUCGACGAUGAGUGGCGAUUCGCGCCGGACCAGCCGACGGUAGCGGACAUAGAGGGCAGGGUCAACAACUUCAUCGACGUGAGCGACUUCGUGGGCUACACUGGAGAGGAGAACUUCGAGGCGAACCGGCUGAAGCAACUGGAGGCGAAUGAUAAAUACAGCCAGUGCACGCCAGACUUGGACGAGUACACGAAGGAACCGCCGCCGCUGCCACCCCACCUUAGGCACAUCAUCCUCAACAAGAACCCGCCUGCGAAUGACCCAUCCGCGCUGCCGGUACCGCAGCACGUGGCGUUGAAUCACUUGUACUGCACGGCGAUAAAGGACGGCAUGAUGGUGCUGGGGAUGACGGAGCGAUACAAACAAAAGUUCGUCACCACUGUAUACUACAGCACCAUGCCGGGAUAAUCCACGGAGUGCUUUGAGUGUGCCGGGGGGGGGGGGCGGGGGGCGGAGGGUUUUGCGGGGCCUCAUGGCGCCCAAACGGGUCCACAGGAGGCGGGUGAAAAGCGAUGGUGUGCGCUGUGUUUCGGGAUCCCAACAACAACCUGCAAGUUUGGGGGAAUGAGCAGGGUUGGGGGAUUGUGGAGGGAGGUUGUCGAGCGGUGUGACCAAGGGCACACGACGGAAAGAAAAAAGGGCAUUUGUCCUUGUUUUGCGAGUGAGGCUUUGGAAUCUCUUGCUGAACUAGGUCGCCGUUACCUUGGUUUUUUGCUUCUUUUUUUUUCCCGCGAAUGGGGAACGGACUUCACUGGGUCCGAGCGAAAUGAAAUGGACGUUCCCGCGAGAAAUUUCCUCCGCGCUUGCCAUUUUUUUUUUUUGGGAUCCCACCUUGUGUUACUUCGGGUUUCACGAGGAGGCGUUAAGCUUGAGGGCCCCGUGGCUGAACGAGAAGGGUCACCAAGAGGUUUAGUAGAGAGAAUCGGUGUGUAUACUGUGGGUUCUCCUGGGUAAGCUUGUGCCUCGACGGUACCUGUUGUGGCUGGUGUUCGCUUUUUGGUGCUGCCGCCGCGGUGUCAAUGAAGACCGCUAGAUUUUCGGUCGUGGUUGUGUAGGGCGCGAGGGGAAGAGAGAGCAGGAGACUAUCUCUCUCUACUUUUUUUUAUUUUUCCCGUGCUCCAAAUGGGACAGAGCAGUGCGCUGUUGUGUUGUUUUUUAUUCCGUCUUGUGUUCGUGUUCGGGUGUCCGCGAGAGAGGGGAAGGGCGUUGUGAAGGUUGAGCACACUUGCCACACUAACACCGUCUACCUGCUUUUCGAUGUCAGCACUUGCGCAUCGGGGAGACAGCAGUAGGGUCCCCCCUGGACCGUGCUUUGCUCCCCGCGUGUUUCUGCAUAUUUGCCCCCCCCCCACCCCC